AUGGGCUGCGCCCCGAGCAUCCACAUCUCCGAGACCCAGACCGUGUACCCCGGCGCCCGGGAGGCCGAGGCCGCGCCGCAGGGCCCCGCGGCGGCGGCCGCGCUGCUGCCCCCCGCGCCGGGCCGGCCGGGCGCCCCGGAGCCCGAAGCCGCGGCCGCCGCCGGCGCCCCCUCCGCGGAGCCGCGCGACUUGAAGGCGUCCACGUCGCACGUGCAGUUUGGCCCCAUGAGGUUUCGUGCAGAUCCACCGCAGGUCCUUUUAGUGUUUGUCAAAGAUGACAGCCAGUGUAAAGGCUUCCGAAAGGCGUGUGAAAAGGCGGGGUUUACGUACAUAGUGGUCCAGGACGUCAAGGUCGUCCUGACCUGUUUCCUGGCUGCACAUCACGACAUCAUCAUCAUCGACCACAGGAACCCCCAGCUGCUGGACGCGCCGGCGCUGUGCAGGUCUAUUCGAUCAUCAAAAGUUUCGGAAAACACAGUUAUUGUUGGUGUAGUACGCAAGCGGGACGGAGAGGAGUCUGUGAUGCCCCUCAUCAGUGCCGGCUUCACGAGGAGGUACGUGGAGAACCCCAGCCUCAUGGCCUGCUACGCGGAGCUGCUGCAGCUGGAGUUCGGAGAGGUGCGCUCACAGCUGAAGCUCAGGGCGUGUAACUCGGUGUUCACCGCGCUGGAGAAGAGCCAGGACGCCAUUAAGAUCACAAGUGAGAACAACUACAUCCAGUAUGUAAAUCCAGCAUUUGAAAACACAGUGGGCUAUGAGUCGGGUGAACUGAUAGGGAAGGAGUUGGCCAAAGUGUCUGUGAAUGAGAAAAAGGGGGACUUGCUCACUACCAUAAACUCGUGCAUGAAGAUGGGCAAGGAAUGGCAAGGCAUCUACUGCUCCAAGAACGGCGAUAACGUGCAGCAGAACGUGAAGAUCAUACCUGUCAUCGGACAGGGCGGAAAAAUCAGACACUAUGUGUCCAUUAUCCGAGUGACCAACGGCAGCAAUAAGGAUGAGAAGAUGAAAGAGCCUGCUCAGGCUGACAUCCACACAGCCAGCCAGUCAGGCAAACACAGAGACAAGAGGAAAAGCUCCCUGGACGUCAGGAGUGUCACCUCGCGAGCAAGCGAAGUGGCCAUCCAGAGACGACACUCCUCCGUGGCCCGGAUCCACUCCAUGAUCAUGGAGGCGCCCAUCACCAAGGUGAUCAACAUCAUCAGCGCUAUCCAGGAGGACAGUUCCACGCUUGUGACUGAAGCCUUAGACCACGUCCUGGAAAUCCUGAGAACCACUGAGCUGUAUUCACCGCAGUUUGAGGCGAAGAACGAGGAUCCUCACGCCAACAACCUCAUUGAGGGUCUGAUAUCUGAUGGUUUUCGAAGACUAUCUGGGAACGAGUAUACUCUCUCAACAAACGACCUGCAGCAAGUCCCGAGCGGCUUAUUCACCUCCGAGUUCCUCCAUGACGUCCCUCCGCGGAUAGCUCAGGCCAUGGAAAACGAGGACCACUGGGACUUCAGUGUUUUUGAACUGGAGGCUGCCUCUCAGAAAAGGCCUUUGAUUUUUCUUGGUCUCAAAAUCUUCGCUCGCUUCGGGGUCAGUGAAUUCUUGAAGUGCUCGGACACGACGCUGCGGCUGUGGCUGCAGACCAUCGAGGCCCAUUACCACUCCUCCAACCCCUACCACAACUCCACCCACGCCGCCGACGUGCUCCAGGCCACUGCCUACUUCCUCUGCCAGGAGAGGGUCAAGCGAACGUUAGACUCGGUGGACAAGGCCGCCGCCCUCAUCGCAGCCACCGUCCACGACGUGGACCACCCGGGGAGGACCAGCCCGUUCCUGUGCAACGCGGGCAGCGAGCUGGCCGUGCUGUACAACGACCUCGCCGUGCUGGAGAGCCACCACGCCGCCCUCACCUUCCAGCUCACCACCCGGGACGACAAGAUCAACAUCUUCAAGAACUUGGAGAGGAGUGACUACCGGACGCUGCGCCACGCCAUCAUCGACAUGGUCUUGGCCACGGAGAUGACGAAGCACUUUGAGCACGUCAACAAGUUUGUCAACGGCGUCGUCAAGCCCUUGGCAGAGCUGGAGGAGAACAAGGACGGUGAUCCAGACGCCGACGCCUCACACCUGAUGCUCAGGACCCCCGAGACCCGGACUCUGAUCAAGCGGAUGAUGAUCAAGUGCGCCGACGUGUCCAACCCCUGCCGGCCCCUGGAGCAGUACAUCGAGUGGGCCGCUCGCAUCUCGGAGGAGUACUUCUCUCAGACUGAGGAGGAAAAGAAGCUGAACUUGCCUGUGGUGAUGCCAGUUUUUGACCGAAACACCUGCAGCAUCCCCAAGUCCCAGAUCUCCUUCAUCGACUACUUCGUCACAGACAUGUACGACGCCUGGGACGACUUUGCAGACCUACAGGAGCUACUGCAGCAUCUGGACAGCAACUUUAAAUACUGGAAAGGACUCGACGAGAGGAACCUGCGGGGCCUCCGACCACCUCCGGAACUCUAUCAAUAG